GAUUGUUUUUUAUUGAUGGCAACGGAUGGUAAACACCAAAAAGAAUCGUGCCCAGCGAUCACUACAUGUUUUUGGCGACAAAACGAUGAUCACUUUGUUGACUCAAUUCAUUCACCUAAAGUGAGCAGUUUUCAAAUUGAAGUGGACAGUUUUCAAAUUGAAGUGCCGUAACUUCAAGUAUUGUCACUUAAAGUUAUAGCAAUUGAUUUCUAUUAACAAGGGUACAUGAUGUCGGAGUGUAUUAAUAUCAAAACCGAAGCGAGUUUGCUGACUGUUGUUCUGACCUCGGCUAACACUACAGAAAAAAGAAACCCUUCAGAAUGGCUCGACCUCCGAAGCAAAAUUGAAGAUGAGAAGUUUCGCCAGCUAAGCGCCGAUUUAGAGCGAAGAAGAAUUCGAAAGUAUAACUUCCACUUGGAAGAGCUGCAAAAGGUUCAGAAUGAACUUAAAAACUUACAGAUAGAUAGAAUGAGAUUUGAACGGGAAAAAUUGCUACGUAAGAGGAAUAUUGCUUCUCUUGCAAAGGAGCGAAAGAAAAUUUCUAAAACGGAUGUACACGAUCGAACAAUUCUACCGAUGAAUGAACGCAUGCUAGGCGGAUCAGCUUCAAUCGCUUUCGACCCUAAAGUAGAAAAAACUAGGAGAUUCCGAAGGUCAAAGACAACAGGUAGUAUUGAUAUUUACAGGCGAAGCAAUAAAGAUGAGAAGUAUUCAGAGAAUCAGGAUGAUAUUGGUGAAGUAACGAUGAAUUUCCCGUACCUCAGUGAUCGAGAUGUAAUGAGAUUCCACAAGAGCUGUAAGUCUGCAGGAAAUAGCACCGAGUGUCGAAGAUGGGGAGCCGCGUGGCUUUGUGCCAAAAAGGAACAAGAUUUUGCUUUUGAAAAGGGCAAAAGAUGGACGAAGCAUCUUUUGAACGCCGAGAAAGAAAAGAUGAAGAUUCUUAGUGAAAAAUGGGCCGCUUUGCGAGAUAGGCGAUUCACAAGCGCAUUUUUAAAUCUUGGAUUUGGACUUGUUAACCUCGAGAACAGUUCCGUGAAACCAGCUCAUUCGGAAUGCACUGAUAGCAAGGUUAAAACACACGACAAAGCUGAAGUCCAGUCUGAGAAAUCUUCAAACCGCCUAGAGAAUAACCAAGGCGGGGGAAUCGACAGUUCAACCGAUGAUGAAAUAUGCAAUGAACCGUUCUUUUCAGUUCAAAAGAGUACCAGAUUUAAGAACGUUUCUACUGGAGGUAGCAAAGAUAAUACCGCGUUACUAUUUAUGUCUCCCUUCUCAAAAGGAAAAAUUUAUAGAGAUAAUGAAGAAAAAGAAACAAAGGAAAGAAAAACAUGUGGUAAGGGUAAAAAGGAUAGCCAAAUAAAAGUAGGUGAAUUAGACAAGUUAGUUUCCGAAACCGAAACAUUGUUUGUGGAUAAAGCAGGAGGAAACACAGCAAAUCAACAGAACAACGCACCCUUUUUACCGGCUCUUGACAAAAACCGGUCUGGCUGAUAAACAGAUUACAAGGUCUACCGACCUGUGCCGUACCUACUAGUGUAACAAACAUUGGAAAGCUUUUUCCACGUGAGAUGGAAUACCGGGCCGAUUUGUCAAUUUUUUCCCACUUAGAUAUAGAGGAUAGAAUUAAGAGGACCUCACCAGAUAUGUAAUGGAGAAUGGUCGUGAUUAUUAUUAUAUGACAACGUUUAUAGCGCGCUUUGAUUGGCUAACUUGUAGUCAUCACUUUACCGUAAGGGUCAGAUACAUUACAGGCCUGUACCCAGGAUUUUUCUUGGGUGUGUGCGGAAUCCAAAAAUUAGACUUAAUUUAUCCGGGGGGGGGGGGGGAUAGAGUUAUUUGAUGAAAAUUUUGCCACCCCCGGAAAAACAAAGAGGGAUUAUUUUAUGACUUUGCAGUAUCUCCACGGGACGUUUAUUAUCGAUUUGGCUACAUACCAGAAUGAUCUAGCUUAUGCUUUAUAGUUUUAUCUACAAACAGUAGGUAUUGAGAACCGAAAGUGGACCUUCGGCUGUUGUGGGAUGGGGGGGGGGGGGGGGGUUCGCUCCCCCUUCCGGCAUAAUUUCGAGCAUAAUGGCAUAGUCUGAGCAUCGAGCAUAAUGUCAUAGUCUGAGCAUCGAGCAUAAUGGCAUAGUCUGACCAUCGAGCAUAAUGGCAUAGUCUGACCAUCGAGCAUAAUGUCAUAGUCUGAGCAUCGAGCAUAAUGGCAUAGUCUGAGCAUCGAGCAUAAUGGCAUAGUCUGAGCAUCGAGCAUAAUGUCAUAGUCUGAGCAUCGAGCAUAAUGGCAUAGUCUGAGCAUCGAGCAUAAUGGCAUAGUCUGAGCAUCGAGCAUAAUGGCAUAGUCUGAGCAUCGAGCAUAAUGGCAUAGUCUGAGCAUCGAGCAUAAUGGCAUAGUCUGAGCAUCGAGCAUAAUGGCAUAGUCUGACCAUCGAGCAUAAUGUCAUAGUCUGAGCAUCGAGCAUAAUGGCAUAGUCUGAGCAUCGAGCAUAAUGGCAUAGUCUGAGCAUCGAGCAUAAUGGCAUAGUCUGAGCAUCGAGCAUAAUGGCAUAGUCUGAGCAUCGAGCAUAAUGGCAUAGUCUGAGCAUCGAGCAUAAUGGCAUAGUUUGAGCAUCGAGCAUAAUGGCAUAGUCUGAGCAUCGAGCAUAAUGAUGGCAGAAGUGGUAAGAUUUUCAGUAUAAUUUUAUCGUAAUAGUAAAAAAAUGAUCUUUUUGCCCUUGUGAAAAAAAAUGAAAUGUAAAAUGUUAAAUAAAUAAAUAAAACUCAAAUCGGUGGUAUCUAGUAUGGCCAGUCACAACUUCAGCCGUUAGAAUUGUGUCAACUAUGUACUGAUGCUCUCUUGAUUGCACAUGUUUUUUUUUUUACAUCAUUUGAGAUAAACCUGGUUGUUAACUUGUUAUUGGUGGAUUUCUUGACUUUUUUAGUAAAUAAAUACACAAAUGUUGCGUUCUAA